AUGGAGCCGUACGCAUCCGUGUCGACACCCAGCGACGACGUCGAGUGCAGUCCGACAGUGUGGUCCACCGCCGACACACGCCGCGCCAAUCUACUCUUUCUGCUCAUGGGGCUCUGCUACUACACGCCGUUUUGCAUGCUCGUGCAGCCCGUCGACUAUUGGCGGCUCCUCUUUCCCAAUUUCAACGUCAACUUUCGCAUCUCGUUCGCCUACUACAUUGCCAACGUCGUCGUUAUCUUUGGUCUCCUCGCCGUCGGCGCGCGCCAGUCGUUUCGGUCGCGCAUCAUCGGCGGCUUUGGCGCCCAGCUGCUCGUGCUUCUGCUGCUUCCCGCGUCGUACUAUGUCCUCACGACCCAAACGCAGCACGAAGUCAUGGUGCUUCUCUGCUCCGUCAUUGUGGCCAUCGGCGCCGCGGUCGCCGGCUCGUCCCUCUUUGCCCUAGCCGCCAUGUACCCGAGCGGCAGCAUCGAACAUGUCCAGCUCGGCAUUGGCCUCUCGAUCUUCAUCACGACCGCGUACCGCUGCGUCAGCAAAGGCGCCUUUCCCAGCGACGCGACCGUGCCCGCGUCGAUGGUGUACUUUUAUGCGGGCGCCGCGACGAUGGCUGCCGGCGUCGCCUCGUAUCUCCUUCUACUGCGCCUCCCCGGGAGCGCGUCCGUGCACGCGACGCCGCAGACACACAAGGUACUGCAGCCAACGCUGCUGCGCAAGAUUCGUUUCAACGGCAUUCUUGUCGUCGUGCUCAACCUCACGACGAUGCUGGUGUGGCCGGGGCUCUUGACGGACAUUGCGAGCUUCAACGUCCCCAGUUUGAACACGUCCGGGUGGUUUCCGCUGCUCCUCAUGGGCUGGGACGCUCUCUUUGAUGCGCUUGGCCGAUACUGCGCGCGCUACAAGCUCUGUUUUACACGCCAUAACGUGUGGAGCCUCGUGCUCGGUCGGUGCGUGUGCAUCCCCGUCUUUGUCUGCUUGGCCCGCAACGUCCUUUUUACACACGACGUCAUCACGUACGUUGUCGUGGCCGUCUUUAGCUGGACGCACGGCUACGGCGGCGCGCUCACCGUCGUUUUUGUCAACGACUGCGUCGACGACGCCGAGCGCAGCGGCGCGGGGAUGUUUGCGAGCUUUUUUGUCAAUUUUGGCCUCGUGGCCGGCGCGUCCUUGAGUUUUGCGCUUGCCAAAGUGAUGGGGUUGUAG